CUGUUGAGCUUCGAUACGGUUCUCUUAUGCACGGGCUACGAGUACUCUUUUCCUUUUCUGGAUGGUGUCGGGACGGAUGUGGUUAAAGAUUUGCUGGAGCUCAUCAUGUGGUCUAGUGAUCCAACUUUAGCCUUCAUCGGGCUGUGUUCGGGAGUG